ACACAGCAGCGUGGCAGAGCCUGAGAUAGUGAUUUCGCGGCGCGCGACCUUCUCAUGACAUUCGUCGCCCGUUGCCACUAUCAAACGUGUCGUCUGAUCGAUCGCAUCAUCCUCCUCUCGCAGUCGCAGUUACAGCAGUCCCUUGGCGAUCGUCUUCGUUGUUGUUACUACUCAACGUCGUCUCCGUCGUUCGUUGAUAAAACUCGAAGCAUCAGUUCUGUCAAUUGUCAUCGUAAUAAAACUCGUCUAAUUAUGGCCCUCAACAAGCUCAGCAUCGACAAGGUCGACCUUACCGGCAAACGAGUUCUUAUCAGAGUCGACUUCAAUGUUCCCAUGAAGGAGGGCAAAAUUACCAACACCCAGAGAAUCGUUGCUGCCCUCGACACUGUCAAAUAUGCAUUGGAAAAGAAAGCCAAGUCAGUCGUGCUCAUGUCUCAUUUGGGCAGACCCGAUGGAUCCAAAAACUUGAAAUACACCAUGAAGCCAGUGGCAGACGAGCUGAAAACCCUCCUGGGCAAAGAUAUUCAAUUUUUGGACGACUGCGUUGGACCAGCUGUAGAGGCUGCUUGCGCAGACCCAGCACCAGGAACCAUCAUUCUUCUGGAGAACUUACGGUUUCAUGUAGAAGAAGAGGGAAAAGGUGUAGGUCCAGAUGGUGCCAAAAUUAAGGCAGAUAAAGACAAGGUCACAGAAUUCAGAGCAUCUCUGAGAAAGCUUGGUGAUGUCUACAUCAACGAUGCCUUUGGUACUGCUCACAGAGCCCACAGUUCUAUGAUGGGUGAUGGUUUUGACAUCAGAGCCAGUGGUUUCUUGCUCAAGAAAGAGCUGCAAUACUUUGCCAAAGCUUUGGAUAACCCAGAAAAACCAUUCCUUGCCAUUCUUGGUGGCGCUAAAGUAGCUGACAAAAUCCAGCUCAUCAACAAUUUGUUGGACAAAGUUAAUGAGAUGAUUAUUGGUGGUGGUAUGGCUUAUACAUUCUUGAAGAUCAGCAAAAACAUGAAAAUUGGUACAUCAUUGUAUGACGAAGAAGGAGCUAAGAUCGUCAAUGAACUUUUGGCUAAGGCCCAGAAAAAUAAUGUACAGAUUCAUUUGCCAGUUGACUUCGUCACGGCAGAGAAGUUUGCCGAGGAUGCGGCUGUCGGAGCUGCCGACGUCGAAACUGGAAUUCCUGAUGGCUGGAUGGGUCUUGAUGUUGGACCCAAGACCAGAGAAUUGUUUGCCGAACCAAUCAAGCGGGCUAAAGUCAUCGUCUGGAACGGACCCGCUGGUGUGUUCGAAUUCGAGAACUUCAGCAAAGGCACCAAGAGUCUCAUGGACAACGUAGUCGAGGCCACGAAACGCGGCGCGACGACGAUCAUCGGUGGCGGUGAUACCGCGACCUGCGCCGCCAAAUGGAAGACCGAGGAUCAAGUGAGCCAUGUCAGUACCGGCGGUGGUGCCAGUUUGGAGUUGUUGGAGGGCAAAGUUUUGCCAGGCGUAGCUGCAUUGUCUCCAGCAUAAGGGAGAGAGUUUUGCUUUCAACUGUGAUCACGUCGAUUCGAGGGUUACCGAAAUUCGCAAUUUCUUUAGCCUUUUGAUGAGUUAUAGUGGUGUAUAUGAAUAAUAGUGUAACAAUACAUUGCUAUUUAACGUAAACAAUUUUGGUUUUAUCCAUUAUUUCUCUUUUUUUAUAAAUUAUAAGUAGUUUGUAUUCAACUAAAACGAUAGAUAAACAAUUAUAUUUAUAAAAGUUGCCUGUUACACAAUAUAUUUUUAAAAACAGAA